AUGGAAUCCACUCACCUCCUGAGCAGCUCUCAGGGUAAGAAGAGGGUAAAGAUCCACCCUCACACCGUCACGGCCAAAUACGCCACGCACACCCCUUACUCCCCUCAACCUGGAGUACACACACACUUCCCCCAACCAGGAGACGAGGGCUACGAUGACGCCCCGUCUUUUGAGGACUUUGGCUCCUUCCUGGAGGAGACGUCAGACAAGAAACAGCUGACGGAGAGCAGGAAGUGGCCUCUGACUCUGUUUGGGUCCAAAGACAAAGACACGACGAGCAAACCUCAGGCCGCUGGGGGAGGAGAUGGGAGCGAGGGGGGAGCCAGAGCAGCAAAGGUGUCUGGGAAAGGAGUAGGGGAACAGCUGGCCAGUUUCGGGGAGGCGUCUGUGUCUGCGUCUCGGCUCACCUGGGUGGGGCUGCUCGGUGCGGCGCUGGCUCACGGCUGUUUGAUUGUUUUGACCCGCCUGGCCUCUGAACGCUUCAGCCUGGGCCCCCUGUUUCUACUCUUGGUUCGCUCCAUCCUCCAGCUCCUCUCUGUGGCCGUACCACUGCACAGGGGAGAAAACCCCUUCGGACCGCCGGGCUACCGUCUACGUCUGCUCUGUUACGGCGUGGCCUACUCCCUCUCCCUCUGCUGCGCCUACUCCUCCCUGACCUUCGUCUCACCCGGAGACGCCACGACAACCUGGCGCCUGGCAACCACGGCGCUGUCGGCGACCCUGGCCUUCCUGCUCCUGGAGGAGAGGCUGGGAUUGGCUGAUGGGAUCACCUUAGCUGCAGGACUGUGUGGUUUGGGGCUUGUGCUACUUCCCACAGCAGAGGAGAGCAAUUCAGAUUCACCGACUGACCCGGUUGUGUUCUGGAGGGGUGCGUUCGGUUGGUCUCUUUCUGCUCUUGCAGGCCUGUGGAUGGCUUUGGCACUGGUCGGGUAUCGCUCCCUGAAGGAGAGGGUGGGAGUUGGCACAGCGUUGUUCACAGUGAGCUGGACAGGCUGCCUGCUCGCCCCGGCCUCGUUGGCUCUGCUCCAGGAGGGCUGGUCCUGGCCUUCAAGUGCCCCGGCAUGGGGACUGGUCCUGGGCCUGGUUGCAUGCUCUGUAGCAGCCUUCCUGGGGAUGACGCACGCCCUCACCCGACUCCACCCUGCUCUGGUCUCCGCCUCUCAGAGCCUGGAGGUACCUGUUGCCAUGCUGCUGCAUCUGGCGGUGCUGCCGUUGGCUCCCACUGCGCCGGAGGUCGUCGGGAACGUGAUGGUCAUACUGAGCGUCGGAUGGCUCGUGGCGAUAAAGCUGCUACCAGCCCGCGGGGGAACGCGGCGCCAAAGGGAGGAGUAUGAGGAGAUUCUGGACUCACCUAUCAAAUAA